AUGCCGCCGCACCUUCAUCCCCGGUCGCGGUCAACAACCGGCCUGUUCGCCGGCACCCUGCUAGCUUCGCUGCUGGUGGUCGGCAUGCCGCAUGUCUUCCCCUGUCCGGCCCCGCGACGUACCCUCGCCGACUCAGAGAUGAUGAUCACAGCCGACGGACAACAAGUACCACGAAUCCGACGCCGCAGGAGGAAAGACCUCGAGCUGGGCGCAGAUGCGCCUCGACCCGGCCACCCGACGCCUUCCGGGGCCAUGGACGAGGAAGUGUCUACCUUCUUCCAAAUGGAGGAGGAAGCUGAGAAGCUUGCACAUGUUGGCCACGAGUGCCCUGUACCAAAACCAAAGGGCGUGAUCGGCGAGUUGCUGGGAUUCCGCAAUGCGCGUGGGAGCGAGCAACCCCAGACGGUGGGACCGUCCGAUGGAGGCCGAUAA